GGCGCCUGGCGGUCCAGUGUUGGCCACGCUUCGUCCGUCGGCGGGGCAGCUAUGGCAGCAGCAGGCAGGUCGGCGCGGGCGGCGGGGCGCUGCUUCAGCCCCCUGCUCCAGUUUAGCCACCAUCACUUGCGCUACGACAGGUACGGGGGGCGGGUGGGGGGCUGGCUGAAAUGGGCUCCUUUCCAAUCCUCCUCCUUCCUCAGUCGAGCCAUCGCCCUCUUUCCCCCGUGGGUGGCGGGCAAUGGCGAGCCCCUGCGCAGGCCGCCGAGGAUUGGAUCCCCUCCUUUUUCUGGCUCUUCCCCCACUUGCACCUCGCCUUUGGGGGGGAUAUAUUAAGGCACCCACCCCCCAAAGAUCUAUAUUGGGGGACCUACCUGUGUGUAGCCGCCGCUGCCGUGUAGUUUUCUCGGGGCGGAGCUCUUUUUUGGCGGGGCUGGGGAGGUUCUGCUGCAUUUUGCUUUAGAUGGUUCCCAACCUUUUUUUGGCCAUGCCCCACCUAAGCAUCUCUAAAAUCCUGAUGCCACUCCCCUUGUGACAUAUAAUCCUUAUUGUUCAAAAAGUGAACUCCUAUUUACGUGGAGGAAGCCUAAAAGGCCAUUAACUGUUAACAACUCAUUCUCGAAUUUCCCCCCUUAAAAAUCAAAGUCCCCUCUGCGGGAUGUGUGCCCCACGUUGGGAACCACGGCUUUAGAUCCUCUCCUCUUUUUGCCACCCCCUUCAUGCAGCUCUUGGGAAUUUGCGAGGUCUCUCCCAGAUUCCCUCCCUAGAGGUGUUUUUCUAUCGCCUGGAGAUGUGUUAGCACUCAGAAGGUGCCACAGCACCCAGGCGCUCAAAAUGGGCUCUUGUGGUGCUUUUUAUGUAGUAUUUUUAGAUCAGUGCGUCUCUGAGGAUUGCACCCAAUUUUGUGCCUUUUUCUCUGUGUCUCUCUUUUUUCUCCUCCAGUGAAGGGGGAAUGAAGGCAUCCUGGUGGAGUUUCCUUUCUGUGCAGCCGAUAAGAGAGAUACUGAGAUACUCUCAGUUACUGAGAUGAUAAGAAAGCCCUGUGGGGUCGGGCCAAAGGUCAAUUUAGUUCAGCGUCCUGUUUCAAACAGGAGAUGCCAGGGGUUCCCAAACUGUGACCUGCAAACCACUUCAUUCAGGUGGUCUGCAGCUUGUCUGUGAAAAUACAGUAAGAAGUCGUACAGCACCUAGCACAUUACAAUUGCUAUAACAGGCGGAGGAAUUGUAAAGUGGGCCUCCAAGCCCCUCAGCAAUUUUCAAGUGAUCUAUGGGGGUAAAGGUUUGGGAACCACUAGACUAGAUAUUUCCAGGAUGCCACAAGAAAAAAAUCAUCAGACUUUCCUUUUGACUGGCUGGUUUGCCUUGCAGUCCUCUUUUAAAGGUCCUGGAGUUUGGCUUCUCUGGCAAUUAUAUUGGCAGACUGGUACCUGCAUUUUGAAUAUUUUAUUAACGCUUUGAUUUUUAUUGUUUGUUUUAAUAUUGUGUAGAAGUUUGGAAUGUCUAUGUAUGUUGCCUUGGAAUCCCUUGGAUGAAGACAUGGGUUAGACAUUUUCAAACAAGGUCAUAGUUUGCAGUGGGGAUAAGGGGGCGUGGAGUGGGCGGAAGAAGCUGGACUUCACUGACUCAAGAAUAAGAAGCAAUCCGAAUAGCAUGAGGAUUUCAUAUCUAUAGUUGAUGCUUGGUUUGUUAGCUAUUCAUAGCUCAAAACAUGUACACACACACACCAUCUAAGGAAGUGAUCUCAUAGUAAAUUCCAUAGCUAAACUUUGUAGUUUGUGCAGAACUUUGUAGAGCAGUACCUCCAGGGAUGAAUAACCAGCAUGUGAGAGAUCUGUGUCCUGUUCAAAUACUGUCAUCAGCUGUGUCAUCAGUGCAUCUGAUUUUGUUAGUAACUUGGUUCUCAGUACAAUUUUAUAGUUUCCUGUGUGGUGUUUUUAUCUCCCUGUUGCACCAUUCUUUCUAUGGGAGUGUUCGGUGAGGCAGGUUACAACAAAGAGAAUUUAUCAAGCAUCACUGAAAUGCAAAUGAACAAUAUUUUAAAAACCCUCUAACCCACUAAUAAUGUUGAUCUGGUCUUUUUGAAACAGUAGCAGCAGACUUUCAUCCUAACUAAUAGCACAAUGUUGAGAAAGCAUGUUGGAAUAAAAUGGUCUUCUUCGCUGUUUGCCGAAAAGCAGACAGUGCUCUUCCCUUGGGGGGCCAUUCUAAAUAUUGAUGAUGUUUCUGGGCAGGCCUCAUUCAUCUGUUGUACAACCAGUAGUGAGGGACCCCCCAAAAAGGCUUAUAAAGUGGAGUAGAGUUCUUGAAGAGAUCUUUGUAGGGGGAAGCAGGAACAGCCGGCUUGGUGAUUAUGUCUAACAAUGCUGCCACUGCCACUUACAGUGGAGCCAAAGCAGCUCACUUCCUGCUGCACCGACACAGCCCUGACCUUGCUGCUAACUUGCCCGACUCCAGGAGCAAAUUGCUUACCAUUGGAGCUAGUAAAGGGUCCGUGUAAUGUCAUCUGAUGUCACCUUACUUCUGGACUGACUUAAUGGGCAGCCCAAUGCAGAGGAUGGUACAGAACUAGUCUAGCUUGGAAGUACGGCUGCAAGACGAAGGAAGGUUUUGAUUCGAAUGGUAUGUCCACUGAGUUUUGGCCUUCUUAAUGACAGAUUUGUUAACAGAACCCAGACUGUCUAGUUGAAGAGAAUAGUUCAUCAUUCCUAAAUCUGUUGUCAUUCAGGCAAGUGCUUUCAGAAGCUGUUUCCUUCCUUCCUUAUGCAAUGUUUGUGUACACCCACAGCUAAGAGGACAAAAGGUCACUCAGGGAACAUAUGCCCCUCAAAUGCUGCAAUUCUGCUGUCUAGGUAGGUCCUUUUGAUCCCCUAAUGUGUGUGUCACUUUUCAAAGGCAAAGGCAUUACCCAUCUCUUUACCAAAAAAAAUUAAUAGAACUUUGCCUUUGGGUUUGGAGAUUAUUUAUUUCAAGUAGCAGAGUCACACACUCGCUGUGCAACCCAGCAUUUCAACAAGAAGCGAAACUUCCUUUCCCCCCUGUCCAAAUCCAGCUCCAUGUAUCACUUCUGUGUGGGUGGUUGGAACACAGCCCCCACUCCCUUUGGGUGUGAAGUAGAUCAUCCAAGCAAACAGGCAAUAGGACCAUUAGAUACCUACCUUUCAGGUGUGCUAAUACAGAUCCCUCUCUGCUCCCUGGAAUCCCUGCAAACAGUUUAACAAUGGCAGCUUAUGCUUUCACUAUAGCAUUCACUAUAAACCCCCAAACCUGGUAUUCCCUCAAAACCUAUGCCAAAUUUUGUGUUGUUUUGUGCCACAAACCCUACAUUUUAUGCUGCUGCCCACAACUGUGUACCAGUGUAUAAAAUCAGAAUUUGUAGUUAACACUCCAAAACACAGCACAGUUGGAUUGUCUCCAAACGUAGACAUCCGUCCUCUUUUCACAUGUACUUCAGAUAGUAGAGUCAAGCGUUAGGAAGCAGUUUCUUCUGAUUCAGUUUUGUUACUAAACUGAGUGCUUCAGGACAGAACAAAUGUUAAUGUAAAAGUGUUCCUCUCCAUUAGAAACUGAGCAGCAAGAUUCAUUCAGAGCUUGGCAACAUUUUAAAAAUGCUGGCAAAGCACUGAGCCUUGUUUACCUAAAGAGGAAAGAGUAGAGUUUUGUUAUAGAAGCGUGGGACCUGCGGCCAUUCAGACACUACUCUACUCCAACUCCCAUAAUCCUUGCUGGCUGGGGCUGAUGAGAGCCCAGCUGGAUCCCUCUUAUGAUUUUACAGUUUGCAUAUUAGCAACAGCACAGCUCUGAGUUUUCCCUUACGGGCAAAAAAUAGCUUGCAUAGCUGCAAAACUGCCCCAGAUGCUUUUCAGGUGAGUGCAUUCAGAUCAGCUGAACAAUAGUGUACACAGUUGGCUAUGAUAUGUGGCAUGUUGCCAACACCCUGAAUGAGAUGAUUUCAAAGAGUCUUUGUCCUGCAAAACAUUCUUGCUAUAACUAGCAUUGAUGCAAAAAAACCUGACCUGGGUUCCCGUGCUGUUGAACACAAAGUGUAGCAAAUGGCUGGUUCACCAAGCUCCCUCUGUAAUCGUCAUCAUACACAUGCUGUAAAUGCUAAAGGGAUGGGCACAAUAUAAAUUUUCUUCUUACUUGCCAACCAGCAUUUAAUGUCACAGAGAAGCGGCUUUAAAAAGGGGGGCAGGGAGCAAGUUGUUCCUCUAAUCAACGACACCCGGAUCAAGUUUUCCAACCUACAUGCAAAAGGCUGUUGCUUUUCAGUCUUUCUUCUUCACAGGAUUGGGAGAGAGAUUAAUCUUUUAUCUGCUGGAAGAAGGUGUGAAUAAAAAUUCCCACCCAAUAGCACAAGACUGAGGCCUGUGUUCCCUUGACCUGGUCCACUGCUGCCUCCACCCAAGUCCUGAUGGUGGGAAAACACAAGGCUGGAGCUAGCUGAUACUUCACUAUUUUAAACAGACACCUUUGAAAGUGUUCCUGCUUCUCUCCUCAUUGUUUGUCACUGUCUUGUUUCAGAGGCUUGUCCUUUGCCUUCAGCACUGCUGCACAGCAGAGGAGCACAGGCGAUGACUGUGGUCCAGAAGACCCUCCUGAUGAGCCUAGACAUCUCCUGAACGAGAACAGUUUAGAGCUCAAAGCCACCAAAUUGGAAGAACAAGUCCGUGUCCUAACAGUAUGUAUCGCCCUUAACUUGGCUGUUUGCCCUAACACUUAUUUUUUAGGUUUCAGCUUUUGUAUGUCUUAAAUACCCAGUCCCAAAAUCUACAGCAUGCAGUAGUCAAAGGAUCAGAUUAGUAGAAUUAGAUAGCAUCCCCUGCUGCCACUCUCCCCCCGCAACCCCUGCAGCAUAACUCCUGCCACUGUUGCCAGCCUCCUCCUCCAGGCAGGCUAGCUGGUGGUGAAAGCAGAUCAGAACAAGUGUCUGUUUGUUUGGGUCCCUUCCGGCUGGUAGAGAAAAGGGAGGAUGACGACAAAGGUCUACCAGCAAGAUGUCAGUUCCAGGGAGCCCUGCCAGGGUGUGCAGGCCCCAGCAUUUGCCUGACCGUGCUGAGAGCUGACACUAGGCCUGGUGUACAGCAUUGCAGCCGUCAUUGUUAUGUGCACUGAAUUUACUCUUAAGCAUUUAAGGCUAUUUAAUUGUGUGUCCGUUACUUUUCCAAACAUAGAGCUAGGACAAUAGUUGAAACAUUCCAGAACAGCAGAUACCCAGCUGGUGACAUCUCUAGUGACCAUCACUGCUGUCUGCCUGGGCUCUUUAAAGAGGGGGCAGUCAGAAGGAACAACUCCAAACUGUUGUUUUCCACACAGGGGGAAAGCACCGUUCUGUGUAGCACUGCCUGUCCUUCCUGUCAUCCACUAAAUGCUCAGUGUGAUGGGAUGCGUUUGUGCACUCACAGUCCAUCAGUAUUCAGUAAGCAAGGGGGAAGUCUACAUGCAUAUCCUCUGGAUAGCAUGAGCAACAGUGUCUAGAGACCGUCAUUAGACUUUGUCCUGUGCUCAGCAUAAGGAGGGGCAAUGGCAGCAGACCAUUUAUGCUUAGGCAAGCCUAUCCAGACAAGUAGAGUGUUGAUAUGUGUGUUUCAUCUGGUUCUCUGCUGAUUUUAGUUGUUAUUAUUUUUUAAUGUUUUAAGUAGUUGCUUUUAACUGUGUUUUUACUGAUAAUCUUAGGGUUUUUGUCUUUUUGUACACUGCUUUGAGGCUUUAUUACCGUCAAGCUGUAUAUACAUUUUGCAAAACAAAUGUAAUAAAUAAGGCAUUGGUUAUGUUAGUAGAUGCUGCUUUCCCAUUUUCUUUCUGCUGCAUAAGUAUGCAUGCAUGUACAUCUGCCGUAGCUAUUUCUUGCCAUUGUUUGUCAGUAGAAGAGGGUAAUGAAGUGGGGUGGGGAGAUCUUUAGGUCUUUUUCAAUAUGGCCCAUUCAUUUCAACAGGAAGUCACACAGGCAAUGCAUUUUAUCUAAGAGCAGCAACUGAAGGCUGUGUCUGUCAAGCAAAGCUGCGCUCAACCCUCUUGGUCCAGGCUUGCAGCAUUAUAGAUGGCCCAUUGCCCUGUUGCUUUGGGAGAUGUUCUUGUCUGACUCUGCUUCUUACUGUGUGUGCAGGAACGGUACCAAAGAGCCCUGACAGAUUCUGAAAAUGUUAGGCGGAGAACGCAGAAGUUUGUCGAGGAUGCUAAGAUAUUUGGUGAGUAAAAAGGGUGCUGGUAUUGUGCAGAGCUUGUACCUACCACCCCAUGUGCUCUGCUUUAUUUGUUUAUUUAAGGUAUUUAUAUACCACCCUUCAAAAUGUUUAUCUCAGGGUGAUUUAUGUUGCAAAUAAAAUCAAUGAGCAAAUAACACAAACAUUAAUUAAAACAACAGUACAUCUAUCAGGGGUUUUUUUUUUAAAAAAAAAGUUUGAGUGUCAGUAUUUGCUGGACCUUGAUUCUUCUUUUAUACAGAGAAUGUUAUAAGGACUGAGACUCUAAUGCAUUGUGUCUGCCCUUUGAACAGUCAUCCUCACCUUUCUGAUCUAUGAAUCUACAGGCAUCCAGAGUUUCUGUAGAGACCUGGUAGAAGUGGCAGAUAUCUUGGAGAAGACCACCGAGAGUACCACAAGUGGAGAGCACGAUGACCCAACUCUGACUCUCAAGAAGAUAUGCGAAGGCUUGUCUCUCAUAGAGUCCAAACUGCAAAGCAUAUUUGUGAAGCAUGGCCUGCAGAAAAUGAACCCCAUUGGUGGCAAAUAUGACCCCUACGACCAUGAAAUAGUCUGUCAUGUGCCAGCAGAUGAAAUGCAGCCAGGCACUGUGGCAUUAGUGACUCUGGAUGGAUAUAAACUUCACGGCCGCACUAUUAGACAUGCGCAUGUGGGUGUGGCAGUAGAAUCACACGAAUGAGGUGGACACGUUUUAUAAAUACUUGAGACCUUAAUGGACUGAUUUCUCUGUCCAUGUGACUGUUGCUGCUAUAGCAUGGAUUUUUAUUUAUUAAGCCAAAUUUGUUACCUGCUGGCCUCUCAGGAUGAGUUGCAAUGGCCUGAUCUUCACUUCCAAGAUGUACAGCUAAUUUAAUAUUACUUGUUCUGUGUCAUAAAUGGUGUAUGUCGUCAGAGGUAGUGCUGUGACUUUUCUGGUUUUCCAUUAAAUUCUGUUGUGGGUUUUGAGGGGAAGGAGGACUCCUAAUAAUUCCUAAUGAUAAGGGAAGGGCCAUAAUUCCAAGAAGGGAAAGGAAGUAGCUCAAUUGUAGACCAAUGUUGUAUGCAGAAGGUACCAUUUUUGUCCCUGGCAUCUCAAGGCAAUAUUAAAAAUAUCUGAGACCAGUCAGGGUAGACAAAGGGGUAGUCCUCCAGGAUGCUGUGGAAUACAGCUCCCAUCAGCCCCAGACAGCAGGAGUAAUGAUCAGGGAUGAUGGGAGCUGUAGUCCAGAAGGUCGACUACCCAUGGUGUAGAUAAUACUGACCAGUGGUCUGACUUGGUAUAAGUGAUUACAUUAGAACUUUCUGUGUUCUUACAAAUGCACUCUGCUUUCCUUGAAUUUUGGUUCAGCUGCCGCAACCUCUGUUUUUCUAUAUGUAAAGUGGGAAUAUGAUAGUUGCCUGCCUCCCAGAAAUGCUACAAUUAUUUCUCAGCCGUAAAACGUUUUGAAAACGAGUGAUGAGUACUGUGAAGGGGCUUUGAUACCCAGCAGAAGUGCAUCUGGAGGUGUUAAUUUGUAAAUUCUUUCUGCAGGUGGAGAUCUUCCUCAGGUUACUUGGCUAUUUCAACCCUGUGAAAUCUCCACUGUGGUAUGUAUAGGGAUAUGGAUGAGUCCUUUCUCAUUGCCAUUUAAAAUACUGGACAAAAUGGGCCAGUAGCUCAACAGUUUAAGGAAACAAAAUAGACUUUUUGUGAAGAUUCAGGUUUCUUGGCCAUAAAUUCUCCCUCAAAUUAUGUACCAAAGUUUUCAAGCACAAUUUGCUAUGUUAUCAAUGCUGGAAGAGAUGGAGUGGUCUUCUACUCCAAAAGGGGAAGUAUAGUCUUUCAAGUUUGAGCUCAAAAGUAAUUGCUAUGCAAAUGGCACUGUGAAAAAUCUGGAUUCAGAGACUACUAGAUUAGCUAUCAAAAUACAUGAUUUGUUUUUCAUUUAGUAUUUUUUUAAAAAAGAGAAAGUGUCUAAGCAAAGUGUACUUCAGCUUAUUUCAGUAAAAAUAGCAGGGAAAUUAUCCGAUCAGAGUUUCAGCCCAAGUUAUGAGGUGACUUCCAGCUAGAGAAUAAAUUGGUAUCAUUCUGUCAACAAGUGGAUGCUUGGCUCUGAUCAGUUUUUGUGUGACAGGUAGGCUAAACAUGCAAGCGUGAAAAAUCCUAACUCUGUUUGAGAGAUGAUUGAGGUAACCCAACAUGUUGGCUUCAUUCUGAAUCCUAGGUGAAAGUUCAAAGAAAUCUCAGUGAGUGUGGCCUUAUUUUAGACUCACACCCAUUUUCUUUUUCAGAGUUUUGUCCUAUCUUGCUAUCUUGUCUAUGUUUGGUUAGAAUUCAUCAGCUGAAAGUUCCUGACACUGCUGGCUCCCAUGUUAUUUGUAUUAGCUUUGUCUGUACUGCCCAGAAAGAGAUCUCUUGCCUCUGAAAUUAUAAAAAUGAAAGAUUCAAGUCGGUAUUGAUUUCCAGGAUUUCCUCCCUACCAUAUACAUUCUUGUGUUCGUUAGAAAGAAGUGGUGUUUCAUAUGUGCAUAUUCAGCGGUGGACUUGGGGCUCUCAGAUUUCAGCGGCAACGCUAAAAUUCAGUGCCCCCUCCCACUACUUGCGCUUGAUUCUAUGGCACUGUUGUGGCGCAGGGCGGCACCCAAUGCGGCCAAACCAGGCAUGCUACCCUAAAACCACCUCUGGCAUAUUCUCAGGCAGAUGUACAUGAACUGAAUUAAUCCACAAAGGGUUAUCUGCAGCACCAAACGGGGGGGGGGGGGACUUUGGGCUACAAGUGAAUGAUCCUUAGAGCAAUAUAAGAGAUUAUGUUAGAGCACAUUUCUAAUUUAAAAUAGAUUUAAGAUUUGUAUUUCCCCCCCCAAGGCAAAAGAACAAAAUAUUUUUCCAGCACAGUCAUGCAUGUUUGCUCAGAAGUUCCAUAGGAAAUAAGAUUUAAAUUGCAUCUUGAACUGCAGUCCUGUGAACGAUUACCCUGAGCAAGACCCGCUGAGUACAAUGGGCUUGUUUCCAAGAAAACACAGAUUACAGUGUUUGUCUUCCAGUUGAAGAACUGCUCAAAAAAAGCAGUGAGCUAUUUAUGUGUACAAUACAAAUCCAUACAGUUGAAUGCUGCACUUAUUAAACCAAAAGUUUUUGCUUUUGCUGGGUAAGGAAGACAACUCAAGUUGUUCAGAACAUAACAAUGUAUUGAAGUCACUCUGCACCAUAUUCUUACAAAUAAAAGUUACCUUUACAAGGCUGCAACAUGUGGUAUUGACUUUGAAUACCUCCUAAAGAGGAUGUGCCCAGUCGGAAAUUUAGAAAUGUUUGAUUUCUUACCAUUUUGAAAUCAGCCGGAAUCUUGGGG